AUGAUGGAAAGAGGAAGAUCAAAUUAUAGACGUAAUAAUGAAAAUAAUAAUUUUAGAGAAGGAAAUAUAAAAAAUGAAACAGGAGAUGAUAAUCAAUUUUGGACGAAUAUUGAUAAUUAUUAUUUUUGUAAUUUUGAUAAAAGUAUAAUAUCAGCAUUUGAAAAUCAUAUAAAAUGUACUGAUUAUAUUUGUAAUAAAAUUAAAAAGAGGAAGAUAAAUAAAAAAUUAUUUAAAAAUAUUAAUUGUUAUAAAAGUUCGGUAAAAAUAAAAUUAAAUGGGAAUGAUAAAAAUGAAAAUAAUAAUAAGAAGCUUUUGUGUGCAGCUACAGAUAUGCAAUAUGAAAAUAAUAUGAAUAAUGUGAGUAAUAUGAGUAAUAUGAAUAAUAUGAAUAAUGUGAGUAAUAUGAGUAAUAUGAGUAAUAUGAAUAAUAUGAAUAAUAUGAAUAAUAUGAAUAAUAUGAGUAAUAUGAAUCAUAUGAAUAAUAUGAGUAAUAUGAAUCAUAUGAAUAAUAUAAAUAAUAUAAACCAUAUAAAUAAUAUAAAUCUUAUGAAUAAUAAGAAUUAUAAUAUAUCAAAUAAUAAUAACAAAUGUAUUCCAAAUAAUAAUAUUCCAUGGGUUAUGAUUAAUAAUAAUCAAAACAUAAAUAAUAGUAAUAUAUAUACAAGAGAUACAGGAUUAGGUGUAGGAACAAAUAAACCAGAUGAUAGUUACAUGAAUAAUAUGAAUGAUAAAAUAUUAAAUAAUCAAAUUCAAAAUGUUAUAAAUUUUGAUGAAAAAAAAUCUAUUCUUGAAUUUAUGCCUAUGGCGAAAAAUGAAUUAUUAUUAAAUACAUUACAUCACUUAAAUUUAAGAAAUGAGCAUCCUACAAAUCCUUUUCAGAAUAUGUAUAGAAAUCCUAAUUAUUUUAAUAAAGACGAAAAUUAUAUGUUUCUUAAAAAUCAAGGUUCUAUAAAUAAUGUAAAUAAUAAUAUUCUUCCAAAUAAUAACAACCUCAAUAAUUUGAAUACCCAUAUUAAUAAUCAAAUGAUAGAAAAUAAUAAUAAACCUAUGCCUACAUCAUUGAAUGAUUUAAAUGCGCACACAACCAAUAAUAAUAAUAUUAAUAGUAAUAGUAAUAAUAAUAGUAAUAGUAAUAAUAAUAAUAGUAAUAGUAAUAAUAAUAAUAAUAAUAUAUUAAAUAAUAAUAAUGAUAAUAAUAACAAUCCUGUUUGUGACACCCAUCAAAUAUUAGAUAAAAAUUUGGAAUGCUCACAGAAAGAAGAAUUAUAUAACAAAGAAGACAAUAAAAAUACAGAGGAACAUCAAGUUACUCUGAAGGAAGAAGAUAAAGACAUCCAUGUUAAUUCAAAUAAUGAAAAGACUACAGAUGAAGAAAAUAUGUCAGUAAAUGAUUUACAAAAAAAUACAAAUAACAAUGAAACCUCAAAUGAUACAACAUUAUUUAAAGAUGUAAAUGAUGAUAUUAAUAUACAUAAGGAAGAAAAUAAAAUAGUAAACAUGUCUAAAAAUAAUGUUGAUAUAAUCAAUGAAGAUAAAGAAAAGGAAGAUGUUGUAGGUAAUAAAAUAAAUUCUAUUGAUUUGAUCAAUCCGAUUAUCCAAAAUGAUAAUGAAAGAAUAAAUAAUGAGGACAAUAAAAAUAAAGAAAAUGUAAAUGUUCAAGAAAAUGAUAAUAAUAAUAAUAAUAAUAAUAAUAUGAAUAGGGGGUGUGUAUUAAACAAAAAUCAAAAUAAUAUAAAUAAUGUAAACAACAUAAAUAAUAUAAACAAUAUAAAUAAUAUAAACAAUUUAAACCAUAUAAAUAGUAUAAACAAUAUAAAUAAUAUAAAUAGUAUAAACAAUAUAAAUAAUAUAAAUAAUAUGAACAACCUUAAUAAUUUUCAUCCUAACCACAAUGUACCUAAUAAUGAUAUGUUUAAACAAGCUCUAUUAUUUAACAAACAAAAUAUGAUGAAUAUGCAUCCAUAUCAUAUGAAUAAUAUGAAUCCUAAUGAACCUACUUUUUUCAAUAGUCAAAUAAAUAAUAAUAAUAAAAAUUCAAUGCAAGGAUAUAUAAAUCCUAUGAAUCAUAAUAUUAUGAAUAUGUAUAAUUCAAUCAAUCCUAAUAUAAGAAAUGAUGUUAUGAAUAAACAUAUGAUGAUGACAUCAAACAAUCUAAAUAUAAAUGAUAAAAAUAUAAUACCAGAUAUAGAUAAAAUAGGAUAUCCAUAUGCAACUAAUAAUAUGUUACCUUAUGAUAAUGUUUUAAUAAAUAAUCAACCUAGGGUUAAAGAUCCACAUGCAUUUAUGAGGAAAAGCCAUGGUACUCGCAUAAGGAAAUAUAAUGAAAAUGACAUAAAAGAUGAUAAUAAUAAAAAUAAUGACAACAACAACAAUAAUAAUAAUAAUAAUAAUAUAUACUGGGAUAAAUAUAAAAGAAGCACCAGAAGCUCAAAAUAUGAUGAUAAUUUCUUUAACCCUUUUUUAAAUAAAAAAUAUGAUGGCAUAGGAAAAUUGCCAUAUAUACAAAAUAAACCAAUACCAAACGGAUUGCAUAUUUCUAUUUAUAUUCCAAAAUCUUAUGAUUUUACAGAUCAAGGUAAAGAUGAAGAUAUAAAACCAUAUGAAGAAACAAUUAAAAAUAAUGAUAAUGUUAAUACAAUAUGUGAUGAUAUUAAAAAUACAGAUCAUAAUAUAGAUCAAGAAAAAGAUAGAAAAAGUGUAUCAUUUGAACAAGAAAAAUCAGAAUUAACCAGCAAUGAAGAAUAUAUAUAUGAAAGAGAAACAUUAGCUAGAUUAUUAACAGAAAUAACUUUUGGUGAUAAGAAAAAUUUAUUUAAUCCUAAAAUGACUAGCGAAAAUAAAGAAAAAUGUUAUAAUACCAUAUUAAAUGAACUGAAAACAUAUAAAUCCUUACCAAUUAUUUUAGGUAAUAUUUUACCAUAUUGGACAAAAGAUAAAAAUAUUAAAAAAAUUAAAAAAAAAAAUAUAGAUAAAAUCAAGAAAAAAAAAGAAAGUAAUAAUUCCCAGAAAUAUCCAAAUUUAUUUUAUAAAAUAAAAAAUUUGAAAAGAAAUAAUGAUAAACUUAAAUAUAUACAUAUAAGCAAUAUUAAUAAAAAAUUAAAAAGAGCAAUGAUGAAUAAACAAAAUAAAAAUAAACAUAAAUAUGUUUUUGAGGAUGAACUUAAGGAUAUAGAUCAAAUAAAAAAUUCGAAAGAACAAAAUAAAGAUGAAUAUGAUAAACCAGAUCAUACACAGAAUAAUGAAUCUUCUGAAAAAUUAAAUGAUAAUAUCAAUAGCACUAAAGACAAUUCUCAAGAUGUAGCUAUUACUCAAUUGAAUGAAAAUAAUGAGAAUAAAGAUGAUAUUGAUGGUGAUAAUAAUAUACCUAAGGUAGACAUAAAUAAUGAGAGUAAGGAAAACAAUUAUAAGAUUGAUAGGGAUAAUAAAGAUGAGGAUGAAAAUGAAGAAAAAAAUGAAAAUCAAGAGAGAAGUACGAACGAAUCAAAAGAUAUAUAUGUAUCUGAUGAACAUAUUGUUAUAAAUAAGAAUAAUAGUGAAGAAGAAAAAGAUAUAAUUUGUUCUGAUUAUAAUGAAAAAAUAAUAUCAUCUAUUAAUAAUAAUAAUAAUAAUAAUAGUGAUGAUGAAAAAUUAUGUAGUGAGGAUGACCAUAUUAACAAUAUAAAAGGUAAUGAUAAUAUGAAAGAUGAAAAAAAAAAAAAUAUUUCUGAAGAUGAAGAUAAAUGUGCUUAUUAUAAAGAAAAUGAAAAAAAGAAAUCAACUUUAAAAAAGAAAAAACGAAAUAUUUCAAGUAAGUUUGAUUUUUUAAGUAAUUUCCAUUUUGAUAUGCCUUAUAAUAGUAGUGUUCCAUUUAGUAAUUCCACAUUUUCUUUACAAAGAAAUCAAUAUAAAUCUUGUGUUUACUUUGAAUUUGUAUUAACAAAUAUUAAUCUGGACAAAUACAGAACAGAUAUUCUUAAUGUUAAUUAUAAUAAUAACAAUACAAUUACAAAAAAGAAGAAAAUAUAUUGUAUUAAUUUUAAAAAAUAUUAUAAAAGUUUACAAAGAAAAAGAAAAUAUGCAAACUCAACUAAUAAUGCAAUGAAUUCAAACACAGACCAUAUUAAUAAUGUAAAUAGUGAAAUGAAGAAAAACUCUUUUGUAUACAAUAAUAAUAUAAAAAGUGAUAGUAUAAUAUCAUCAUUAGAUAUAAAUAAAAAUUUAUAUAGCAAUAAAAUAAAGUCGAAAAAGAAGAAGAAGAAUAAAAAAAAUAAAAAAAAUAUAUUAAUAAAAAAGAAAAAAUAUAUGGAACAUUUAAACGGCAUUCUAAAUAUUAAUAGUAUGAAUAGUAUGAAUAGUAUGAAUAAUGUAAGUGAAGCUAAUUUGCAGAAUUAUGAAAAUAUUGAAAAUAUUAACAAAGAAAUUUUUGUAUUAUUUUCUCGUUAUGUACAUAAUAUUAAACAACAAAAAAAAAUUAUAGGUAAAUUAAUAGGUAAUAUUAAAAGUGAGAAAAAGAAACCAUAUAAAUAUUGGUAUUCUAUUGAAGAUAAAAUGAUUAAUUUUUAUAUAAAUGAAUAUUUAAAAAAUAAAUUAAAUACUAAACAUACAUAUACCAUAUCAAAACAAAUUGUAGAUCUUUUAAAAUUAAGAUUAUUAAUUAAUCAUAGUUCUCAUUUGCCAAAUAGCUGGACUGAAAAAGCUUUAUGUAAUGUUUGUAAUAUUGGUGAGGACUGGGAAGAUAAUCCUAUCGUUUUCUGUGAUUGUUGUUAUACUCCUAUGCAUUCAUUUUGUAGUGGUUCAAAAAAUAUUAAGAAUUAUAAUUCAAAUAAAAAAGCAUCAACAGAUGAUGAAGUUGAUGAGCAACAAAAACUAAAAGCAGAAAAAGAAAAAGAUAACAAUAAAGAUAAAAAUCAUAAUAAUAACAACAAUAUAAAUACUCAUGUUAAAAAUCAUAAUAGUUUUAUAAAAGAUUCUUAUAAUCCAGAUCAUCGUCAUGGUAAUAAAAAAAAAAAAGAUGACAAAAGUAAUAAUAAAACUAAUCACAAAAAGAAAAAUAAAAAAGUUAUGACCCCAAAAAUGAAUAUAAAUAUAAUGGAAUAUCUAAUGUCAGAUAAUUAUGUUAAUAUGAAUUCGACGCAAAGUUCUUUUAAUACAAUACCACUAAAAAAUGAAUUACAAGAAUAUCCAACUAACAAGUAUCAUUCAAAUAAUGAGGCUCCAAAAAAACACAAUAGUAAUGAAAAUUUAAAUAUCAAUCAUAAUGAUUAUAAAAAGGAAAAUGAGUUAGAUAGUAAUAAGUGUGAUACACAUAAUUUAGUGUUACCAUAUUAUAAGUCCUCAAAAUCAGAUGAUAAUACAAAUAAUAAAAUCAUACAUGAUAAUAAUGAUAAUAAUAACAAUAGUGAUAAUAAUAACAAUAAUGAUGAUAAUAUACAUAAUAAUAGAAGUGCUAGUUUUAUGAACUCAAUCAAUAACCCAGAAACGAUACAUAACAACAACGAUAUACCUCAGGGAAAUGUAAAUGAAAAUGUUGAUAAAAACAAAUUAAAUAUUGAAGAAAAUAAACCAAAUAGCCAAGAAACAGGUAAAUCAAUAAAAACUCAUAAUGCAACUGGUAAAAAAGAAAGUAAAGGACCUAUAGAAAAAAAAGAUACCAGCAUGUCAUCUAAAAAUAAUAAAAAUAAAGAAUUACAUGACAAAAAUGUAGAUGAAGAACAAUGGAUAUGUCCCUUGUGUUCCUAUUUAAGAAGUCAGAUUUAUUUUAUUGACGAUUCUAAUGCCUUUAAAAUUAUUAGGCGUUUAAGUUGUCCAAGAAAAAAAAAAGAUAUAGAUCUUUUAUUUAAAUCGACAACGAAUGAAUAUAAUAUCAAAACGAACAACCCAAACAACAACAACAACAACAACAAUAAUAAUAAUAAUAAUAAUAGUAAUAGUUGUAGUAAUAAUAUUGUUGAAGAUUUAAAAAGGGAAAUGAAGUCAUUUAAUGCUGCUGAAGAAAUUAUUGUAAAUAAAGAAAUAUUAAAAUUAUUAUAUAAACGAAAAACUAUUGUUUUAUUAUUUGAUACACAAAAUGAUAUACAUUAUUAUAAAGAAACAUAUAAUAUCGAAAUAAAUGAUGCUCAAGAUUUUUUUGAAAAAAUUGUUCUUAAGAAUAAAGAUAAAUAUAAAUAUAUUACACUUUUCAAUUCUAUUGUUGUUAAUAAAAUAGAUUGUCCAUUGAAUAUGUAUGAAUAUAUUUAUAGCAAUUUUCAAUUUUUUAGACAAGAAACCUUUUCUAUUACUGAAUAUGUAGAUGAUUCAGAUGAUGAAUCAGAAAAAGAAGAAACAAAUACUACUGAAAAUGUAAAAAGUGACAAGAAAAAAAAAGAUUUCGAUAAAAGUAUUAAAAUGACAAAAGACGAAAAAAUUGAUAGACGUACAAAGUUGUAUAGAUUAUUACAAAGUAAAUUACAUAAAAAAGAAGAUAGAAGAAGAAAAAAAUUUAGAAAUAGAAAUAAACUUAAUAUAAAUAAGGAUAUUAAUAAAAAUUCAGUUCCAAAUAUACAAGUAGAAGUAAAAAGAAGAGGUAGACCACCUGGAAGUACAAAAUUAAGUAAAUUAAUGUUACAAAAUAAUUUUCAAAUAAAAAGUGAUAAUAUAACAAAUGAUAAUACAUCUAAUAAGAAUAUAACAAAUAAUGAUGUAACAAGUAAUAUAUUACCAAAUGAUAAUAUUACAAGUGAUAAUAUUAUAAAAGAUAAUAUUACAAAUGAUAAUAUUACAAAUGAUAAUAAUACAAAUGAUAAUAAUACAAAUGAUAAUAUUACAAAUGAUAAUAAUACAAAUGAUAAUAAUACAAAUGAUAAUAUAAAUAAUCCUAUUCACAACUCGGAUACUUAUACAAAUGACAGUCAAAUAUAUAACAAUACAAGCACACAAAAUAAUACUACUACAAAUAAUAGUGCUACAAAUAUUGCAGCUACAAGUACUGAUUCUGCAAAUACUGCUUCUACAAAUAUUACAGCUACAAAUAUUACUACCACAAAUACUACAGAUAAUAAUAAUAAUAAUAAUAAUAAUAAUAGUAUUAGUAAUAGUAAUAGUAAUAAUAUUCUUGCUAAUUAUAGUGCUUUAAUAAAAUGUGAACAAAAUAACAACAUUGCAGACAAUAAACCCAUGUACGGAAUGAAAAAGAAAAAAAGCUCAGAUUAUAAUAAUUGUCUAGAAUCCAAAUUUAAUUCUAAUUAUUUUUCUACUCAUAAUGAAACAAAAUUAAGAAAUCAUAUCUUUAGUACAUAUAAUGACGAAUUCGAAGAAAAUAAUUUAAUGUUAAAAUAUAAUCAUAAUAUGAACUGCUCUUUUGUUUUUAAAAUACCUACUUGUUGUAUAUGUGAAUUUGAUGCUUUCUAUAUAGGUGGUGGUCCUAUAAAACGAACAAAAAAGAAAAAUGAGUGGUGUCAUAUUAGGUGUGCUAUAAUAAGUAAUUGUAUUAUUAAUAAUAAGAUUGAAAUAAAUAAUAAAGAAAAAACAAAAUAUAAAUGUUCCUUAUGUUUAAGAACAAAUACUACAGGUAUUAUUAAAUGUAAUGUCCCUGAUUGUUAUAAAUAUUACCAUAUUUCUUGUGCUACAUCAUCACCUAAAUAUUUAAUAGAAUUGAAUGAUGAAAAUAAAUUAAUUUUAUUUUGUUCAAAUCAUUCUCAAAGAAAAGCUCCUACAGAAAUAUUAAGAAGAUAUCAAAUUUUACGAGAAAAAGAAUAUAAUAAAAAUAAAUUAGAAGAUAAAUUAAAUAUUUCUAAAAUGUUUGAUGCUUAUUUACUACAAUCAUAUUUAAAAGUAUGUGAUUUUAAGUUGUUCAAUUUAUUAUCUUUAUCAUCCUUAUCUGUAUUUGAUGAAUUUGUUCACUUUAAUUAUGAUAAGUUUAAUGAACAUGUAAAAAAAUAUAAUAUUAAUCUUAUGGACGAUUUUAAUAAUGAUAUUUAUCAAAAUGUUGAUCACAAUCCAUUUUUAAAAGAGGCAAGUAAUAUGUUUAAUAAUACAGUGGAAGUAACAAAGGUUGGAAGACCGAGGAGGAGAAGUUCGAACGUUAGUAAUUUUAUUAAGCGAAAUCAAAAAGAUGACAAAGAAGAUGAUAAGAUGGAAGACAAAGGAGAUGAUAAGAUGGAAGACAAAGGAGAUGAUAAGAUGGAAGACAAAGGAGAUGAUAAGAUGGAAGACAAAGAAGAUGAUAAGAUGGAAGACAAAGAAGAUGAUAAGAUGGACGACAAAGAAGAUGAUAAGAUGGACGACAAAGAAGAUGAUAAGAUGGACGACAAAGAAGAUGAUAAGAUGGACGACAAAGAAGAUGAUAAGAUGGAUGACAAAACAGACGACAGAAUGUGUGAUAAUGAACUUGCUUCAAAAGAACAUUCAUCAAUACAAAUAUACCCAUUAAGUGACAUAAACCAAAAGGACGAAAAAAUUGAAGAAUCAGAAAAUGAUUUUGAAGGAGAAAAGAAAUUUUUAGAACUAGAAAACAGCAAUAGAAAGAAAAACAUACAAAUUGAUAUAUUCGAUAUAGAAAAUAUAAAUAAAAUUAGUAAUAUAAAAUGUAAUAAUAUUAUAAGUAUAGGUAAUUUCAAAAAUAUAUAUAAUGAAAAUUUAUUAGAUGAAGAUACUUUAUUAAAAUUAUUGUCAUAUGAUUUCUUAAAUAUACAAAAAGAUAUACAAGAAUUUAAUAGUAAUAUAUUAAGUGAUAAAUAUAAAAAAUUAAAAAACUUUGAAAAUAUUUUAUGUUUAUAUCCAUAUUUUAAUGAUUAUCAAUUAAGAAAAUUAUCAGAAUUAAUAUUAGAAAAAAAUUCUUCUACUAUAUGUAAAAUUAAUAAGGAUGAUGAUAAUACAUUCAUUUCAUCUUUUAGUAAAUUUUUAUCCUUAUUAAAUAAUAAAGAUUUAAUGUUAUGUAGUGUAUGCUUAUCUAAAGCAAGUUAUUCUGAUAAAAACAAAGAAGACAAAAAAUUAACAGAAGAAAAAGUUGAAUUAUCAACUGUAGAAAAUAAUAAUUUAUCUAAUAGCCAAAUGACACUCAAAUUAAGAAAAUUAGCUUAUGCUAAUAAUAUAAAAGAAAGUUUAGAAACAAAAAAAGAAAGAAGAUUAGGAUCAUUAAGUGUUUUAAAAAAAUGUACUAUGUGUAAUGUAUAUAUAUGUUAUUUCUGUUGUCACAGAAUGAAUAUAGAUAUAAUGAAAAAUUAUUUAAAUAAUGAUAUAAAAUUAUAUAAUACAUUUAGUGUAUACAAUAAUAAUAUUAAUAAAAAUAAUCAAGAUAAAAAUCCAUUCCGUGUUAAGAGGGUAGGUAGACCAAGUAAAUAUCGACCACCAGUAGAGCCACCUCCUAACCCUGAUAAUAUAAAUCAUAAUAAUAAUAAUAAUAAUAAUAGUAAUAAUAGUAAUAAUAAUGAUGGAGAGAAUAAACCAAAUGUUUCUCAAGAAAAUACUACUAAUAAUAAUUUAAAUACAAACAACACAACCAAUAAUAAUUUUUCCAAUGCAGCAAAUGAACAACAUAGUAGUACUAAUAAUCAAAAUGAAGAUGAAAAUAUAAAAAAAAAUAAUAAUGAAAAUAUUCUGAACGAUCAUAAAAGUGUUCAAAUUAAUGAGAAUAUUAAAGAACAAUCUAACAUUGAUAACAAUCAUAAUAAUUCUUGUAGCAAAAAUAACGAUAUCCAUUUAAAUCAUAAUAAUGAAAAGAAUGUUCUAGAAAAUAAUCAAAUUUGUAAAACUAAAAGAACUAGUGGUGGUAUUUAUAAAAAAUCUAUCGAUUCAAGUAAUUUUUUAAAUUGUGAUAAAAAAGAAAAUGAUAAUGAAUUUGUUUGUCCUAGAUGUGAAUAUUUCAAUGUAAAAAAGAAAAUAGGUUUCUGCUCUUAUUGUCCUAGAUUAGAUGGAUUUUUAAAUUGUUUUGAAGAUAAAGGGAAGAAAGAAUUAUUAUUUGGUCAUCCUAAAUGUAUAGAAUAUGUAAAUACUGCAUAUGCUAAAAAAAAUAGUGUUAAUGAUGUUAAAUAUGGAUAUAAUAAAAGAAUAUGUAGUUAUUGUAGAAUAAAACAUGGAGUUGUUAUUACAUGUAGUAAUACCGAUUGUGAUGUAUCUUUUCAUAUAUCUUGUGGUAUUUUGCUAGGUUGUAAGAUGGAUAACUUUUUUGGUCGAGUUGAUAUUUAUAAUCCAAAAAAAGCAUAUUGUUUUAAACAUACAUUUCAAUAUUGUAAGAAAAGUAAUUUCAUAAAUUUUAUUAAUGCAAAUAAAUUAUUUUGUUUUGAAAACUUUUUAUAUAAUCCAUUUAAUCAUUUAUAUAAUUUCUUAAUUGGUACAUAUGUAUUUAACCACUUAAAUAAAAAAUGCUCUAUUUAUUUAAUGAGACCAAUUAAAAUUGAAGAACAACCAUUUACAAAUAUAUUUGAAAAGGCACAAUUAAAUAUAUUGAAAAAAAAUACGAAUUUGCUAACACAUGAUAUGAGACGAUCACCUAAAGGUAGCAAUAAAUACAACAUUGAUAAUAGAAGGAAAAUGAGUCUAACCACAAAUAUAGGUGAUAAUAAAAAUUUAUUGGAUCCCUCUUCUUUAUAUAAUAAUGAUAGUAGUAAUAAUAAUAUACAUAAAUAUAUAAAAUUAUCAAAUGAAGAUGAUAAUUCAAGAACACCAUCUAAUACAUUGGCUAACAUGCCAUUCGAUAUGCAACAUCAUGAUAAUAUUAAUAAUUUCUAUAAUAUGAAUAAUAUGAAUAAUGUACCUCCUAAUUUUGUCAACAAAUUUAAUAACAAUCCAUUAUUUUUAACGAACAAAAAUAAUAUGCAUAAUACAAAUAAUCCAUUAUUUAAUUUAGAUCAUGAACACAACAAACAAUCAUUUAUGAAUACUAAUAAUAAAAAUAAUGUGUCAUUUAAAAAUAAUAAUAAAAUUUUUGUUGAUGAUAAUUUAACAGAAAGUGCUGUUUCAAUUUUGUCAGAAAAUGAAACAGAAGAACUUAAAUCAUUUCAAAAUGUAUCCCUUAUCAAUUCAAGAAGUAAUACUUAUAUUAAUAAUAUUAUACAAAAUAGUUUUAUGCAAUAUGUUAAAAAAUUCCAAGGAAAUAAUAAUAACCAUAUACCACAACCUUUUAAUAAUAAUAAUAAUAAUGCAAUCCCUAAUAAUUUUAUUCCUAUGUAUAAUAUGUUCAAUUUCCCAAAUCCUCAAUUUCAAAACAUGCAAAAUAUUCAAAAUUUGCAAAAUAUGCAUAAUAUUCAAAAUAUGCAAAAUAUACCAAAUGCUCAAAACAAUAUUAUGAAUAAAAAUGCCAAAUUCAAUUUUAUAGAAAAUAAGAGGAAAAAAUAUCUAUAUAAAGAUAAAAAUUUAGAGAACACUAGAAAAAAUGCACUCAGUGAAGGAAAUAUUUUUAUCAAUGUAGAUAAUGAAAAAUUACAAAAAGUAGAUGGAAGGAAAAAAAGAAGAUAUCGUAAAAGUAAAAAUGCACAAAGUAUUAAUACUGGAGAAUUAACUACAUUGACCAAUUCGAAUUCAUUAAGUAUAAAUAAUAUGGAUAAAUUGAAUAAAGAUAAUUUAUCAUCUAAUAUAAGUAAUAACCUUAAUCCAUUUGUUAAAAAUAAUAUUAUUGAUGAAAAAAAUAUUAAUGUCAAAAAUAAUUUUUUCAAUCAUAGUAAUAGUAAUACUAAUAUCUUAAAAGAAGAAAGUAAAGUUAAUAUUAAAAAAUGUCUUGAUACUGUUGAUGAAGACCAAAUAUAUUGUCCAGUCUGUAAAUCUUAUUAUGAAGAAUUAAGUGAUGGUUCGCCAGCGGACGGUUUGAAUUGGAUUGGAUGUGAUAAAUGUGAAAAAUGGUAUCAUUGGAUAUGUUGUAAAUAUUCUGUUGACAAUCCACCAGAUAUUGAAAAUGACUGGUAUUGUAAUAGUUGUUUGAAUAGUUAA